AUGGUGUGUGAAUACAAUGGUAAUCUCACUGUGGCCGUUAGGUCGAUAAUUGUAAAGGCCUGGAAAGAGAGAUGGACAGAAGAACAAUGGAGUAGGGCCAUGCAGUCCUACAUGAUCUAUGUGGAAUCUUCUAAAACCUUCAACGUUUUGUUGGAGCAGGUCAUGAUAAGCUCCUCACCAAAUGUUCAUAUCUUACAAUAUUUGAAGCAUGCACUCUUUAGCAAGAUGGCCACAUUUGCUUCUGCGAUGAAGAGUGUUGUGGGUUAUGAGGAUGUCAGUCAAACAUUCUGCAUCUCAACUCUCUUGAAAUUCGUCGAGGAAUUAUUUCCUCAUAUUCUUAGCAGCUCACAUCCGGUUGACCUCCAGCAAAUACCUGACUCCUGGGUUCAACUGCUCACCUGGCUCUACACCAUCAUAUCGAGGACGCUGAUUAAGUUAUCAACCGAUUCUAAGUAUUCUCUCGAGAUGGCUGCCAGGGUCCUGAAGAUGUCGUCUGCACUCCUUGAUAAGAUUCACAGCAACGAAAUCUCUAGGGCCUAUGUGGCUCUAUCACUCGCUCCUUCUGAUAAUUCGCCAUCCAAUCGUAGUCAGAAACUUGAGGCAUCAACCAAUGAAAUUUCUCGAUUACUCAGCACACCAACCUAUCAGCAACUGAGCGAAGAAUUGAAGACUGCCAUUUCCAGCUGCCUGAAACAUGACUUCAAUCCCAACUAUCCAGUCGGUCCACCGUACAUCGUCGACUUCACCCGACAGAAUCUAAACGUGUGUGUGAACGUGUUGAUCACAAUGGAGGCGUAUUUGUAUAGAGUUAAUGAUCUCCAGUUGCUGGCUGAUAAGUUGAUUGCUUUGGAAACUCUGCAGGGCCUACCUCGAUCCGUUUUGUACUGCGAAAUAUUGAGGUCGAGUUUUUUGGGCCUAUUGGACAAUGACGUCAUUCCUGAGGACAUUAAAUGGUCAUCGUUUAUUUUUCUGAAGAUCCCGCAACUGUUCCAGAAGAUGGUAGCAACCAGCAAGAAGGACAGUGAAGACGAACAGAGUGAACUGUACCAAGGCUUGAAACUGCUUCUCGACAGUCAGAGUCUAUUCGUCAGCGUCGACUACAAAUGCAAAUGCUCAAGUAGUUUGCAGAGCCUGCUGAAUGAGUUAGUGAGGUAUUCACUGCUGAGCGAAGCGUCGUCGAAAGACAUCAUUUUUAGAAGACAGAAAGAUUGGAAUGCAUCUUCAUGCAACACCAUCAUCCAAUCUCUAACAAACGAAGCGCUCUUCUUGAUACAGAAGGCAGAACCAACUGCCACGACCAUACUGAAGUCUUUGGACAUAACGAAGAACCAGGACCUGCUGCUGAAUGUGAUGACUCAGAUGAUGUCUGGCAAAAGUUUUGAACUUAUUUCCUCGGCUGCUGGUGCCAUUGGCAAACUUCAGAAUUUCGUCAUGAAGCUCAUAAUCGUAAACGAGUCAUCGAAGACAGCAACAGGUGAGACAGGUAAGAACUCUCAAACAAGAGCUGCUCUCUUCGACAUUUCAUUCCUUAUGCUCUGCCACAUUGUCCAAUUUUUCGGCAUAGAGAUCAUAUCUUCAUGUCCUGAAGGCAGCAAUUCAUUCUUCUUUCAAUGGGCCACAAGAUGUCUACCAGACAAACAUGACCAGUUCAAGUUAAGCAGCCUGCAAAUGAAUUCUGAUCCAUUCAAAGUUGAGUUUGUAUUGUCUCAACUGACUGGUCCAGAGUUUAAGACUAGUCUUGUAAAGUGGAAUGAGAUGUGCUGCAACAGCCCACAAGCCAUUCAGGAAAGCCUCGUUCUUUGGGAGUACAACAUUAUUGAUGAUGAGCUUAUGAGGCAAAUUCUGGACUCUGCAAAAGGCACAAUGUGCUGUUUGAUGGUGGUCAUUGCCACCUGGCUCUGCUCUCUCUACAACGUCAGCGGCGAAGAUAGGCAGCAGAGAUGCUGCAAAAUGUUGGCUCAAUUGUUGCAGCCUCGAAACCCAUCAGACUCCGUUGUGAAUUUUUCCGAGAGAAAUCAACUUGCCAAAGAGUUUGUUUACUACGUAGCUGAUCUAACCCUGCCGCCGUCAGCGCUCAGCAACAUCGCCAACAUGUUGCAACAGAAACAACAACUCAACGGCAACACUACACUUCCCAAUCACCAACCGCCAUUUGGCAAAAGAUUUUUGUUGCAGCAGACUCAACCGCAGCAAUACUCGCACACCAUAUUUACACUGAAAGAAAAAAUUCUAGCCUGCCAUGAACUGCCUAAAUUGUUUAGCCAAACUUUGAACUCUGCUUAUCGCAAAAAUUCGAUUGGAGUUCGAGACCUGUUGCAUUUGAAAGAAAUUUAUCGUGUAGCUGGUUCUCAAUGGUUCAUCACUCAAAUGGUUAAGGACAUAACAAAACUGGAUAAGCCUGAAGAUGUGGAAAGGCUUGUAUGUCUCUACCAUUCCCUCUGCCACUUAGAUAUGAAAUCCCUGACAGUCAACUUAAUUGACAAGGUCAUCCCUAAUAUAAUGACGUCAUCAUGUCAUUUGAAGUCCUUGAUGGAUCCUUGGGGCACGGGUAUCGCAAAGUUGUGCACACUCAAUGUGGCCACUCUUUACAAGAUGGCCACACGUAAAGUUGGUGUGACGGACGGAGAUAGCAGUGGCAGCAAUGAUAAGAAAAGACCCUGGAAUGACAGCACGUCAGAUGACAACAUGGAAACUCCCAGCAAGAUAAAAAAAGAAGCAGCUUCUCAGGAUGUUAACAAUAAAAACUACAGUAGCAAUGCUGGCGCCGGUUUCAAUGCAUUGAGUUUGACAGAUGAUUUCCUCUUUUCGGACCAAAGAGAAAUAACUCCAAUGAACGAUUCACCGCCGUCAUCGUCUACUUCCCCCUCCUCAUCGUUCCUGGAUGACCUGUCCGAUUCAUUAGCUUGCAUGUUCCUGAUGUUCCAACCAUGCGUGACGGGCACCUUGAUAUGUCCACGAACCGGUUUCGCGCUGGCAUUCAUUAAAGAAUCCUUGAAACUUGACAGGGAUUGUGCGCAGUUCAUCCUACAUAACCUGCCUUCGUCCAUGGUUCCGCAGCUGAUGAGGUACUUAAAUUCAGACAUCACACCUCACCACAUCUUCACAAUGGUCAAACGGGAUUCACCUAGUUGGAAGUACACAAUCUCCAGGGCUCUCCAUAAUUACUCACAUUACAAACAACAACAACUGCAAUUGUAAGGAAAAAAAGAAGGUAGUUGAUGACAGAGCAAAAGAGAAUGCAACUGACUAAACAGAAAUAAAGAUCACAACAUUGCAUUGUACCAUUUUGCUUCUGUUUAUACAAUUCAUCAUGUUCAUGUGUAGAUAAUAAUAAAUGUAACAAUUUCUUAAGAAUCUCCUUCCAAGAACACAUUUACAAAUAAUAAUUCAUGCAAAUACUUCUUUCAUACAUACAUACAUUCAUUCAUUCACUCAUUCAUUCAUACAUUCAUUCAUUCAUUCAUUCAUAUCUUUAUGAGUCUUUAAAUAAAUUUCAAAAUUUUUAAAA